UUGUUACUCUGCUUUUACUCACUCUUGGAUUAGCUAUGUCACAUUCACUCUCUCCUCUCUUACCGGCUGCUCACGCCGGCAGCAUCUCCUCUCCAUCACCACGGUCACGGCCUCAGACUCCUCCCAUCAUCCUCCAAGUUCCACAAACUAACCGCAGGGCAAUUGUGGUGGGAUUAGGCAGUGUGCUAUGGAGUUGGAACGCUCUGAACGUUAAGGAGGAGGCAAUGGCGGCAGCAAGACGGCCGCCUCCAUCACCACCUAAGGAGAAGAAUGAUCCGAAUGUGAGUGGAGUUCAGGCUAAGGUAUUAGCGAGCAAGAAGCGUAAAGAGGCAAUGAAGGCUUCCAUGGCUAAGCUUAGAGAGAGAGGCAAAUCUGUUGUUGAUGAAGAAAAUAAAUCUUCAGCUCCUUCUUCUGCUGCUCCUGUUGUUGUUAAAGAUGAGCCAACUCCUCCUUCUGCUGCUCCUGUUGUUGUUGAAGCUGAACCAACUCCUUCUUCUUCUGCUUCUGAUCAAUAGUAUCCACGCAAAAAAGGGUGUAAACCUUUCUAUUUAUCUUCUCUACCAAAUUUUAUCCUCUCAUGUUAAUUCACACUCUGUACUUCAAACAGUUUAUUAUUUUGGGGAGUAUGUGGUAUCAGAUCCAUCAGUAAUUUAGUUCUGUGAUCAUCACAGAUUUGAUAA